CACUUACUUGCGUUCAUUUCCGUACGGUUCACAACAGACACACAUGUGUUUAUUCUGUGCGUGCCGAUAGUUGAAGAAAAUUAUUUCAAUUUUUUUUGAAAAGAAUUAGUAAAAAAAAUAUUUUUUAAAGUACAAAUUGGUAUAGAAAACGUUGAAAAAUGUUUGUUUUAUACGAAACUCCGGCAGGUUAUGCCAUUUUUAAGUUAUUGGACGACAAAAAAUUGGAUCAAGUCGAUAACUUGUAUUUGGAAUUCGAAACACCAGAAAAAGCCAAUAAAAUAGUGAAACUUAAACAUUUCCAAAAAUUUACGGACACCACCGAAGCAUUGGCCGCCGCAACAGCCACGGUUGAAGGAAAAGUAUCGAAAACGUUGAAAAAAACGUUGAAGAAAUUGAUCGUUGAUGAGGUUCAAAAUGAAUUGUUGGUCGCCGACGCCAAAUUGGGCAAUGCCAUUAAGGAUAAACUGGACUUGCAAUGUGUGUCAAACAGCGGUGUACAGGAAUUACUGCGUUGCAUUCGAUCACAAAGUGAAAGUCUCUUGGCCGGUCUACCAAAGAAAGAGAUGACCGCUAUGGCACUGGGUUUGGCUCACUCGUUGUCACGUUAUAAAUUGAAAUUCUCACCCGAUAAAAUUGACACGAUGAUCGUGCAAGCACAAUGUUUGCUUGAUGAUCUUGACAAAGAAUUGAAUAACUAUAUGAUGAGAGCACGUGAAUGGUAUGGUUGGCAUUUUCCUGAGCUCAGCAAAUUAAUCACCGAUAAUAUUGCAUUCGCCAAAACGGUAAAAUUGGUCGGUACACGUGAUCACAUGGCCACCACUGAUUUAUCGGACAUAUUGCCGGAAGACGUUGAAGAAAAGGUCAAAGAAGCGGCUGAAAUUUCAAUGGGAACAGAAAUCUCCGAAGAAGAUAUAAUGAAUAUUCAAUCACUUUGCGAUGAAAUUCUCGCAAUCAAUGAAUAUCGCACACAUUUGUCAGACUAUUUGAAGGCACGUAUGUUGGCCAUGGCACCAAAUUUAACCGUUUUAGUUGGUGAAACCAUUGGUGCUCGAUUAAUCGCACACAGCGGUUCCCUCGUCAAUUUGGCCAAACAACCGGCUUCAACGGUUCAAAUUUUAGGUGCCGAAAAAGCAUUGUUCCGUGCAUUGAAAACAAAGAAGGAUACACCAAAAUAUGGUUUAAUCUACCAUGCACAGUUGAUUGGUUCGGCCAGUUUAAAGAACAAAGGAAAAAUGGCUCGUUCGUUGGCCGCCAAGGCAUCAUUGGCCACCAGAUUGGAUGCGUUCGGUGAAGAUGUUCAGUAUGAAUUGGGCGUUGAACACAAAGCCAAGUUAGAGACUCGCUUACAAUUAUUAGAAGAAGGUAAUUUGCGUCGUCUGUCGGGUACGGGCAAAGCAAAGGCAAAAUUAGAAAAAUACCAUGUCAAAACCGAAGUGCUAAGCUAUCCAUCAGAAGCAGACAGUACAUUGCCAACGACAAGUGGCAAAACUAAAAAACGCAAAUUAAUCGAAGAAAUCGAAGAAGAGCCGGCUGAGGUGAAAGAGGAACCCGUUGAAGACGAUGGCGAGAAAAAGAAAAAGAAGAAGAAAAAGAAGAACAAGGAUGCUGACGAGUCAGUUGCUGAAGUCGAAGAACCACCAAAGAAAAAAGUCAAGUCCGAACAGGUCGAAGAGUCGGAAAUGGAUGUAACAAUUCAAACUGAAGACGGUGGCGAACCAAGCGGUGAAAAGAAAAAGAAAAAGAAGAAAAAGAAAAAUAAGGCCGAAGACGACGAAUAAAACAGACACAUAGAAUUUUGAUUAUUUUUUUUUUAUUUAGUUAAGUUUCUUUCGAGUAUAUAAAGCCAUUUUUUUCUUUCAAUAAAAUGUAUUUUUUCGUAUUUACAAA